AUGCAACGUUUGGAAGAGGAGAAGCUACUCCAGGAAAGGUUGCGAGAGGAAAGAGAAAAUCAAGAACGGGUCCUGCAAGAAAUGACGAUACGCUUGGAGCGGGAACGCGGAGAAAAGGCGAUUGCGGCAAAGCUUGCUUUGGAGAGGGAGCACAUUCAACAGAAGUAUAAUCUGCUCCACACGCAGCUGAGCGACGACGGAGAUGUACGUAGUGUGCGUAGCCGCGUAAAUAGUGGCACCAGCAAGGUAAACAACUGGAUGGAACGGAAUGCACCAGUAACCCUAAGUACCAAUCCUGGUAGUAAUACCACUGGGCUUACGUUACAGCAAGAGGCACGUCACAGUUCUAUCCCAAGCACCUCCUUAACUACCACGGUUCUUCCUAUCACCACUGCAGCAUCCCAAGUCAGCACAUCCACUCAUGCAGUCAAUGCACCCGACAUUUCGCUGAUUGCUCCAUCGAAUUACAUCAGCAGCCGAGUAUCGCACAUCGCAAGCAGCAGUAAUGCCAUCGAUAUCUGUGCCGUAUGUGCAGCCAUCUACGUUUCCUUGGAAUGUAUCAUUGCCACCCCCAGCACACCAGUCUACACCAACAGGCACACCGCCGAGAAGUCAAACAACGAAUGGAAUGACGGGGAACUUCCCCUAUCUGGCUCAGCACCGGACGACAUCAGACAACCGUGCAUCGCAUAUAGGGCUAGGUGCUGCCGCGAAUUCUUGUUUUGGUCAGUAUGUUCCCUCGGUCAGUGCGGAUACUCUGGUAAUCAGGUAUAUCAGGGACACAUGGGAAAGCAAAUUAGGAUUCCGCCAUCUCAACCGUUGUCAACAGGGAUAUUACAAAGCGGUUGCUCGGCCCCGAACGUUUCGGUUUAUCCAACUUCAAGUGUGUUAGGGCCACCGUGGCAACCGUUAGAUGGGGCAAAUGUGGGACCGAAUGCGCAACAGCUCGCUGCGCGUCACGUCGUUCCGAAAGACCUUCCACCCUUUGGUGGAAAUCCUGCUGAAUGGCCAUUGUUUUGGAGCAGCUUUGAAACAUCAACGCAAAUGUGUGGGUACACUUCGGCGGAAAAUCUACUGAGGCUCCAAAGAUGUCUGAGAGGAGAUGCAAGGAAGGCGGUGAAUAGUUUUCUACUUCAUCCAUCAAACGUGGAGGAGAUUUUAUCAACGCUUCGCACUCUGUAUGGUCGUCCGGACGCUAUCAUCGGUUCGCUGCUAAAUGAAGUCAGGAACACUCCAGCGCCGAAGCCAGAGAAGCUGGAAACAUUGGUCAACUUCGGAUUAGUAGUGCGCAAUCUGUGUGCGCACCUAAUCGCAUCUGGACAGCACAUGCAUUUGGGAAAUCCGAUUCUUCUACAGGAACUAGUGGACAAGCUGCCAGCAAACGUUAAACUGGGAUGGGCACUACAUAAACAAACGAUGGUGGAAGCAGAUCUUCGCAGCUUUUCUGACUACAUGAGCUUAAUCAUCAAUGCGGCAAGUAGCGUCUCUAGCGGAUUGGGAGAGAUUCCCAAACCGGAUCGGCAGAAAGGAAAAGCGUUCGUCAACUCCGUGCGCGCUGAAGUAGAAGCAGCAGGUAGCUGUAACAAAAGGACGAGCGACUCACAGCCGACAAUCAGCCCGAAAGUUCGGCCGUGCGCUGUGUGCAAAAUGGACGGUCAUAAGCCCAAGGAAUGUCCCACUUUCAAAGCAAGGAACAUCAACGAUCGAUGGAAGACAGUUCAAGAAGCUCAACUGUGCAAGCGAUGCUUGUAUCCCCACGGCAAGUGGCCAUGCAAAGCCCCUCCAUGCGGAACAGAUGGAUGUAAGGAAAACCACCAUAGAUUUCUACACCCUGGAUAUCCGCGACCUGGCACCAAUGUGGGAAAUGCAGCUUCUUCGUCAUCAAACACUGGAGUCGUAACAGUUCAUCAACAUUCUCAUCAGAAGGUUUUAUUCCGUAUUAUUCCGGUUUCUCUUCAUGCGAAUGGGAAAACAGCAGAAACCUUUGCUUUCUUAGAUGGGGGCUCCGACUCAACCCUGGUGGAAAGUUCUAUAGCUUCUGAGCUUGGCAUUACUGGGCCGACGGUUCCACUCUGUAUGCAGUGGACAAACGGAGUAACACGGACAGAAGAUGAUUCUAAACGAGUUCAAAUGGAGAUAUCUGGAAAUAAUUCCAUGCGCUAUUCUUUGAGUGGCGUUCACACAGUCUCAACCCUAGACCUUCCUCGGCAGACGCUGGAUUUCGACGAGCUUCAAUCCAAAUUUCGUCAUCUGAAAGGGCUGCCUGUAUCAAGCUACAAAGACGCAAUCCCGAGAAUACUCAUCGGUCUGGACAACACUAAACUGAAAACAACUCUGAAGCUUCGGGAAAGUGGUGGCGACGAGCCAGUCGCAGCAAGAACACGGUUGGGUUGGACUGUAUUCGGGAAGUCAGGAGGAACUGAAAUUGCAUUAUCACAUCGAGUUUUACACGUGUGUCAUCAACCAACAGAUGCAGAUCUCCACGAAUUGGUGAAAUCUUUUUUUGCGAUCGAGGGAGCAGGUGUUGAGGCAAACGCAAUCAUCGAAUCAAAAACAGAGAAACGAGCUCGAGAAAUCCUGGAAGCAACUACGGUGCGUAUGAAAUCUGGAAAGUUCCAAACAGGCCUUUUAUGGAGAUACGACAGGGUAGCGUUUCCUGAUAGCAAACCGAUGGCGGAGAAACGACUGCGAUGCCUCGAGAAUCGGCUAUCCAAAAACCCGGAAUUGUACGAAAAGGUGCGGCAACAGAUGAUCGAUUAUGUCGAAAAAGGUUAUGCUCAUAAGGCCACCAUGAAUGAAUUGAAGCACACUGUCCCAUGGCAGGUGUGGUAUUUACCGCUAAGCGUAGUCCACAAUUCCAAAAAGCCUGACAAGGUGCGUAUUGUAUGGGACGCCGCGGCUUCAGUGAAAGGAAUUUCGCUGAACUCAGUUCUUCUCAAAGGGCCAGAUAUGCUGCAGUCCCUACCAACAGUCCUAUGCCGAUUCCGUCAAAGAGAGGUGGCCAUUAACGCGGACAUCAAGGAAAUGUUCCACCAGGUGUUCAUCCGUACAGAAGAUCGUCAAGCUCAACGUUUCCUCUGGCGAAACAACCCGACGGAACCGAUGCAGGUAUUCGUCAUGGAUGUCGCCAUAUUCGGCGCAACAUGUUCGCCGUGCUCUGCACAGUUUGCAAAAAACCUCAACGCGAGUGAACACGCAACUGAAUACCCAAGGGCGGCCACUGCAGUCGUUGAUAACCAUUAUGUCGACGACUACCUGGAUAGCGUCGAUACGGUCGAGGAAGCGACACGGCUGGCAAAGGAGGUGAAGUUAAUUCAUCAGCAUGGAGGAUUUGAACUCCGUCACUGGCUCUCCAACCGGAAGGAAGUGUUGGAAAAAAUUGGCGAGGAACCUUCGGAAGCGACAAAAAACUUCGUUAUGGGUAAGGACUGCGGUGCGGAACGAGUUUUGGGCAUGAUAUGGUUACCGCAGGAGGACGUAUUUUCCUUUGCUGUUCAGUUUCGAUCUGACCUUGAUCGACUGCUGGAUGGGAGUAUCUACCCUACAAAAAGAGAGCUACUCAGCUUGGUGAUGAGCAUUUUCGAUCCGCUCGGACUGGUGGCGAACUUCGUUAUUCAUGGCAAAGUUUUAGUGCAGGACGUAUGGAGAGCAAACACCGGCUGGGACGAAAACAUAUCUGAUGACAUCUUUCCGGCAUGGCAACUAUGGGUUCGAUCGCUACGUGAUCUUAAACAAAUACGUAUUGAUCGUUGCUAUUUUCCGGGCUAUAAUCCAAUGGCACUUGAAACCUUGGAACUGCAUAUAUUUGUGGAUGCCAGUAUAGCAGCUUAUGCCGCUGUUUCCUAUUUUCGUAUUGUCGACAGUGGCACCAUUCGCUGCAGCCUUGUAUCAUCGAAAACCAAAGUUGCGCCGCUCAAACAACUUUCCGUGCCUAGACUGGAACUACAAGCCGCAGUGCUUGGGACGAGGUUGAUGAAGUCCAUCACCAACAGCCAUACUAUCUCUAUCAGCCGAAAAAUAUUCUGGAGUGACUCCAACACUGUGCUUUCCUGGAUACGGUCUGACCAGCGAAGAUUUCAUCAGUUUGUGGCGUUCAGGAUUGGCGAAAUUCAGGAAGACACCGAUGUUUCAGAGUGGAGAAAGGUGCCAUCGGCUUGGAACGUAGCGGAUGAGGCAACGAAGUGGGGAAAUGGUCCGAAAGCGUCUAAAAGAAGCAGGUGGGUGCAAGGACCAGAAUUCCUCUACAAAGAUGAAUCAGAGUGGCCCGAACAAAACAAAAACUGGACCACCGAUGAAGAAACGCGAGCAUCACUUUACGUUCACCUACAGAAUGAGUCACAAGAAACUAUACGUUUUAGGCGCUUCUCCAAAUGGGGAAGAUUAGUGCGUGCCGCAGGAUACGUUCUGCGAUUCUGCAGCAAUCUUCAUAAGGCAGUCAACAGAGAACACUUGCCAGUUUCCAAAAUUCUCAGUAGUGAUGAGUUGCAGAAAGCAGAAUGGACCAUACUCCGCUUGGUCCAGCGUGAAGCGUUUCCUAGCGAAUACUUGUUGCUGAAAUCAAACCAACAGGCUCCAACCGGUGAAUCGAAAGUGUUAGACAAAACUAGUAAGAUCUACAAGUUGUGCCCUUUCAUUGGAGCUGAUGGUGUCAUACGAAAGGAUGGUCGAAUUGGUGCAGCCCCCUGGUUAGCAAGCGAUGUAAAAUUCCCUGUGAUUCUGCCCAAAGGGCACUACGUUACGGCGUUGAUCAUCGACGAAGUUCAUCGCAAGUUUGGCCAUGCCAAUAAUGAGACGAUCGUCAAUGAAGUGAGGCAGAAAUACCACGUGUCCACUCUUAGAGCUCUGGUGAAGAAAGUAGCAAGAAAUUGUAAACUGUGCAAAGUGAAAAAAGCUGUUCCACAGGCUCCACGAAUGAGUUCACUCCCGGAGGCGCGACUUGCGCCAUACGUGAAGCCAUUCACUUAUACUGGCCUUGACUAUUUUGGACCACUGACGGUGAGAAUCGGCCGAGCUAAGGUCAAACGGUGGGUGGCGCUGUUCACCUGCCUCACAACCAGGGCAGUUCACCUGGAGGUGGCAUUCACUCUUUCCACAGAAUCGUGCAAGAUGGCUGUCCGAAGAUUUAUAGCUCGCCGUGGUGCUCCGUUGGAAAUAUAUUCGGACCAAGGAACGAACUUCCAAGGAGCAAGGAAAGAGCUCAGAGAACAAAUUCGUCGAAUGAACGCUGAACUAUCAACGUCAUUUACUAAUGCAGUUACACAGUGGCUAAACCUAAACCCUCCCUACGCCCCACACAUGGGGGGCGUAUAA